AUGGGGAGUGUCGAUUCUUGCACCUAUUGGUGCUCAGGGGAGCUGGAAUCAGACAGCUCUUUCCCCCAGUCUGCCUAUCGUGUGACCCUCGGGGAGCACCAGCUGUCCAACCCCUCCCCGAGCCGGGUCUCAUCCCCUGUGCGCCAGAUCCUCGUCCACCCCGAUUUCAACAGGGGGACCCGUUCCGCCGACAUCGCCCUCGUGCAGCUCACGGAGCCAGUGCGAUACACCGACGAAAUCCUCCCCAUCUGCUUGCCAGGCCCUUCCGACUCCCUCCCUGGCAACCACACGUGCUGGGUCACCGGCUGGGGGACAACAGCCUCUGCGGUCUCUCUCCCGCCCCCCAAGACGCUGCAGGAGGUUCAGGUCCAGCUGAUCGACACUGCAGCCUGCAACGCCCUCUACAACAUCGACCCGGCCCCGAACAUCGGCAGGGACCCCGUCAAACCCGACAUGAUCUGUGCCGGCUACGCCGAAGGGCAGAGGGACUCCUGCCAGGUGAGGGAGGUGUUUGGGUUGGGUGACUCUGGGGGGCCACUGGCCUGUGACCACAAUGAGACCUGGUUCCUGAUGGGGGUUGUGAGUUGGGGGGACGGCUGUGGCCAGCCCAAUCGUCCCGGUGUCUAUGUCCGGACAGUGGCCUACGGCGAAUGGAUAUGGGAGCAUGUGGUGUCCGGGGGCCAAGCCACAUCCAUGGAGAACAGCACCUCUGGAGUAAAUGACGCCAGAUCCUCCUUCAGCACCUACACGCUUCUCUUCACCACUCUCCUGAUGUCACUGUGA